AUGACAAAAUUACAAAUCAAACCUUUUGACCGCAAUUUUGGGUGCUCUAUCGAGCUUCCAUCUUACGCUCGUGAAGACCCCAGUUUGUUGACACCAAAUGACUUUGAAGAAUUGCGUACUGCUUUGUACAACUACUUGGUUGUUAUUAUACCAAAUCAGGAAAAGUUGAGUCCCAAGAGUCAGUAUCUUUUAACUAAGAUGUUCGAUAAAACAAUAGUGGAUUCGAAAGAUGAUGGCGAGGCGAAUUAUGGCCACGGUAAAGAGUUUCGUCACGAAAACUCAGUGUUAAAGAAGGACGGAUGCUCUGUUAAGUCACAACCGCAGGUGCAAAUAUUGGGGCAGGGGACUUUCAAAGCCGGUGAGCCCGGCAACGAAAACGGAGAAGACAUUCAUCUCACUCAUCCAUCACAUACUACUUUUCAUCACGAGCCCCUUUCCAGUGAACAAAUUCGAGAAAAGAAUCAAACGAGGUUCUACAGGUGGCACAUUGAUUCGGCAUUAUAUGGCUUGUCGCCUCCAAAGGUUACUACUUUACUCGGAAUAAAAGUACCACCAUCAUCCAAAGUUCAAACAAUUGAAUACGAUGAUGGCUCUGGCGACUCUUUACAACUUCUGCAAGGAGCGACUUGCUUUGUGAGUGGCAAAGAGGCUUUCGACAGAUUAUCUAAUGAGGAAAAAGAUUUUGCCCUAAAUACCAUUGUUGAAUAUGCGCCUCAUCCUUAUAUCUUCAUUUCACGUGCGAAAGCGACGAAAGAUGGGUUGACCAUGGUAUCGGAGGGAAAAGAGUUAUCAUUAUCAGAUCUACCUGAUUGGGAAGAGGAAAAAAUAAAGAAGCUUCCAAUGGUGUGGACUAAUCCUCUUACACGUGAGCACCAUCUUCAAGUACACGGAUGCUGUCUCUACAAACUCCACACGAAAAAAGGUAAUAAGAUUGAGACAUUGGAAAUGGAGGAUGCGAGGAAAAAAGUUUAUUCUUUGAUGCGCCCGGCAAUAGCUUCAAAAAAUGUGUUGGCACAUGGAUGGUCUGAAGGUGACUUGGUCAUUUUUUUCAACCAGGGAGUGUGGCAUUCUGUAACAGGUGAGUUCAAGGGCAUGAAUAAUGGUCUUGAUGAAAAAAGGCUAAUGCAUCAGUGCAACAUUGCGAGCGGCGAGGAUCCUGUGACGGUAUUCUGA